CACUUUGAUACACCAAACGAAGAUGCUCUCCAUUCAUUGGCGUUGCUGACUGUGUUCACUCUUUCUCCGAUGACUAAAAAAGACGUUUAUUUCUUGUUCUGGUUGCCUCUUUUUUUUUUCUUUUUCCUUUUACACAUUUAGAUAUUUGUAAUGUUUCUGUUACAGCGUUGAAACGCUUAGCAUGGCAGCUUAAGUAACGUUGUGGUUAGCUAUUAGCAAACCUGGUAGCUACUAGCAUUACGCUCAGUGAGCGGACCCGUUGAGGCCUAGUUGAUUUUUGGGUUGUCGACGAUUAUCACACAGGCCUGGUUUACCUGGUUUUCCUCGGCCGCUACUCUUCGUGGAUUCGCAGGCUCAAACACCGCAAAGUACCUGAGGAAAGAUGGAGGCUCCUCCUGUUACUGUGAUGCCUGUCACUGGGGGCACAAUCAACAUGAUGGAGUAUCUCUUACAAGGCAGUGUGUUAGACCAGGCUCUGGACAGCCUCUUGCAUCGCCUUCGAGGUCUGUGCGACAACAUGGAACCUGAGACCUUUACAGAUCACGAGUUGGUUUACCUUCUCAAAGGCCAGCAAGGAAACCCUUUCAUUUUGCGUGCCCGCCGCUCCCUCUCCCACCCAACUGCUCCAUGGCACCUACGCUACCUCGGCCAACCUGAAGUAGGAGACAAGAGCCGCCACACAUUGGUACGCAACUGUGUUGAUGUGGCCGCCUCUCACAGCCUUCCAGAGUUCCUCAAUGAGAUGGGCUUCCGCAUGGAUCAUGAGUUUGUGAGCAAUGGACACAUAUUUCGUAAAGGUGCGAUGAAAAUUGUGGUUAGUAAGCUGUCACGCAUACUUGUACCGGGGAACACAGAAAACACCGAGCAUCUAUCACUUUCAUACCUGGUGGAGCUGAGUGUGUUGGCUCCUGCAGGCCAAGACACUGUGUCAGAGGACAUGCGCAGCUUUGCUGAACAGCUCAAACCCCUGGUUCACUUGGAAAAGAUUGACCCAAGCAAACAGAGACAUUAGCCAGUUUUUCCACAGCAGGAACUCUCCCUGGGGAGGGAAUUAUUUCACCUUCAAAAAAAAAAAAAAAGUCCCUUUUCAGGGGUUACGAUGUUUUGAAAGGUCAGGAACUUUGAACAUCUGAUUUGUCAAGCAGCCUACUUGCACUGUUUUAGCCAGUUGUCUCAGCUAUAGCUGGUGUGAGAGUGAGAGGUGGUUUUCAAGUGGAAUAGUUUAUGAAUAAAGAGGGGCUAAACAAAGUGGUGAAUCAGAGGUAUAAAAUGGUUGUGUGUG